AUGUGCGACAGGUUGCUGUGGCGGCUGCUGGCAGAGGAGGCCCGGUACUCCACCCCAGUGCUCCUGGGAUUCCGCCUCGUGCUGCUGGCUGCCAGUAGGCCUGGCAUCUAUGGCAAUGAGCAGAGUGAAUUCGUGUGCCACACCCGGCAGGCUGGCUGCAAGGCCGCCUGCUUCGAUGCCUUCCAUCCCCUCUCCCCGCUGCGCUUCUGGACCUUGCAGGUCAUGUUGGUGGCUGUUCCCAGCGCCCUCUACAUGGUUUUCACCCUGUAUCAUGUGAUCUGGCACUGGGAAGAAUCGGAAAAGGUGAAGAAGGAGGAGGAGACCCUGCUCCGUGAAGGGCAGAGGAGCAGAGAUGCCCCAGGGGCUCAAAGUGUCCUGCUGCUCUGGGCCUCCGCGGCACAGCUGGGGGCUUGACUGGCCCUGGAGUGGGCAGCCCUGGGGUAGCAAUAUCAUCUUUAUGGUUUCCAAAAGCCCAGCAUCUUUAACUGCAAAAUAGAGGCUUCCUCUAUAGUAAACUGUAAUCUGUCCUGCUCUUCUAAGAAGACCAUCUUUAUAAAAACCAUGUUUGAGGUUGAUGAGUUUUGUCUCUUGUUUACUCUUUUGGAGCUUAUGCUUCUGGGUCCAGGAAGAUGGUCUGAGACCCUGGGGAACUUCCCAGUAGAACCUCUUCUUUCCACCAUGCCCUUGCCCUGGACAGUGUAA